UAUUCUAUUCUCUUUGGACGUAGUGAUACAAUUCUCUGUGCUCUUUUUGUUAUCACGAUAUCGAUUAGUUUUAAUGAAUACAGUUGUUCUUAAAAACAGUAAAAUAAAUAUAACUAUCACCAUGACAGAUUCGAAAGUGUAUUCUUCUUUGUUUGCACUAGUAGACAGCCAUUUAUCCAAAACCAGCGUACAAGACAAUAGAGAAGAUACUGGUAAUCAGACCAUUAAAAAUAAUCCAUUCAACAAUGUUCUUGAAAGUAAUUCAGAAACUUCGCUACUCUCGCAACCACCUCGCAGAUUUCCAAUAUCACCUUUCGACACGAGUGAGAGCCCCAUUGUAAAUGUUUUAGCUCAGCAAGUAACAAAUAUGCUCAAAGCUAAAGAAAUAAAAAAACAAAAACAAGAAAAGCUUAAGUUAGAAGAAGAAUUGAAGCAACUUCAAAUAGAAGAACAAAAUAGUACAGUAAUAGACUUAAUGAAAGCUAUUCAAACUCCAUACAAACCUAACUUUAUUUCACAUGAUGAAGAAACUCUUAGUAAUAGCAGUUCUUGUGAGUCUUUGUUUAAAUUGAAUUUUAAAGAUUGUGAUGAUGAUGAACCGGAAAAAACAAAAACUCCAGAGCCUUUGCUACCAUGUACAACAGAUAUGUCAUAUAUACUGAAACAAAAAUUCAAGAGAAAUAAAGCUUCUUCCUUUGGUAGAGUUGUGACAUCACGAUUACGACCAGUCGCUGCACCAUAUUUAAGGCAAAUAUAUCCAACAAGAAUUAUUAGGUUCGCUUUUAACACCCCGUCACCCUGUGAUGUAAUUAAAGAAAGAUUGAGGAGGCCAACGAUGUCCACUACUUACACAAUUAACAAUUUGGAAGACUUUCAAUGAAAUAUUUUGCUAAAUUAUUUAACUUCUAAGCAAUUAAUUGGCAACCAUAAUAUUAUUAGUAAUAGCACAAUAAUAUUUAGAAAUUGAAUAAUUUAGUUUUGAUGAUAAUUUCACAUUAAAACAUUUAUAAUAUACUGUUAUAUUAUAACAGUGUCAUGCUGAUGAAACUAAAUGAUGUUAGAAAUAUAUGCUAUCAAACUAUAGUUGGGAAUUUUUGCACAGAUUUCAAAAUAUGAUAAAACUACACUUUUCUUGUAUAAACAUUACAAUGUUAGCUAUUUGUGACAUAUAGUUAUUUCCUGAGGACCUGCGUUAAAGCCUGGAGUCUUGAUAUAUUCUCAGAAGCCACCCAAUUGCUGCAACUUAAACUCUGGUGCCUUAAGAAGCCAAUGUAGCUGUUGGUUUCUAUGCUUGAUCUCUUUCUGGAUAUUUUGGAUUGCUGUCCCAUCACAUUAUGAGAGAGCACUUUUAUUU